AUGUCAUCUCCCAAUUCACAGAGCGCCUCCGACAUGGAGAAGCACGCGAACUCGAUAGACGAAGCCUCCUCGGGCCAGCCUGCCGGGCGUCAAAUUCGAGGCAUCAGAUGGGUUUUAGUCCUUUGCGCCAUUUACUCCAGCAUGUUCAUCUAUUCCUUGGAUAACACAAUCACUGCCGACCUGGUGCCAGCCAUUGCCAAUCAGUUCAACGCCGUGGCCUUGCUACCCUGGCUUUCGGUCGGCUUCAUGGCCGGUGCCUACGUCGGCAUCCUCCCGAUGGGCAAGCUGUAUGCAAAGUUCGACGCCAAGUGGGUAUAUACCAUCAACACCGUGCUUUUCCUCGGCGCCUCGGCUCUCUGCGGCGCCGCGCCCGAUAUGAAAUCCAUGAUUGUCGGUCGAGUCUGGCUCGGCGUGGCCGGAAGCGCCAUGUACUGCGGCAUCAUGACCCUCAUCGCCGUGUCAACGGACGCCAAGGAGAAGCCCAAGUAUUUCAGCAUCACUGGUGUAGUGUGGAGCGUGGGCACCGUGUUGGGACCCGUCAUUGGCGGCGCUUUUGCCAAAUUUAACUGGCGGUGGGCGUUCUACAUCAACCUCAUCAUCGGCGGCGUUUUUAUGCCAAUCUACAUAUUUGUCCUGCCGUCUUUUGAUCCACUGCCCAAGUCGGUGACCAGACGACAACGGCUGUACAAAUUCGAUUUCUUUGGUACCGUGCUGCUUGCUGGGUUUUCCAUUUGCUUGGUCAUGGGCAUCAACUUAGGCGGCGUCCUCUACGCGUGGAACAGCGGAAGUACCAUUGCCUUGUUUGUGGUGGGUAUCGUCGGAUUCCUCGUCUUUAUAGCACAACAGCACUUUGCGUGGCUGACCACACUGUCCGAUCGCCUUUUUCCGGCUGCUUUGCUGAAGCACAAGGAGUCUACCCUCUUGUUCGUUUCCACCAUUUGCUCCAAUACGGCGGCCUUCGUUCCCAUCUAUUACAUCCCAGUCUACUUUCAGUUCAGCAAGGGAGAUAGCGCACUCGAUGCUGCCGUCCGGCUGUUACCACUGAUUAUCGUCUUCAGCUUCGCCAACCUGGCGCAAGGACUUCUCAUGGUCAAGGUCGGCUACUACUGGCACUGGUUUGUGACCGGCGGAGCAUUGUCACUGGCGGGCAAUGUUAUGCUCUAUUGCAUCGACGCCAAUACUUCCGCUGGGUACAUAUACGGUGCUGAGGUUAUCCUCGCUCUUGGUCUCGGCUUCUGUAACCAGACGCCGUAUGGAGUUAUCCAUGGAGUCAUUCCUCCGGAUGAGGCUGGCUUGGGUGUCCCGUUCAUCAUGAUUGCUCAGUAUACUGGCAUCACCGCCGCUUUGUCCGUUUCGGGUGCCGUCUUUGUCAACGAAGGAUUGUCAGGUUUGCGCCGCCUACUGCCAGACUUGCCUGUCGAGGACCUGAACAGUAUCUUAAGUGGAAAAUCAAGCGAAGCUAUUCACGCCGUUCCAGAAGAGCUACUUCCCGCGGUAAUUGAUGUCAUUGUGGAUAAUCUGCGCAAAACCUUCAUUCCGGCCUUCUUUGGCAGUGCCGUAGUCUUUUUAAUCGGAUUUGCUCUGAAUAAGAAAAAGCUUGGCGGCGUUGGUGACGCGCCGACGGUUGUCGGAUAA